UCAAGCAAAAGAAAACAGAGAGACGGGAUCCCAGUCCCUACCCAACCCUUCCCAAAUCGGCGCAACUCCCACCCACGCCGCCAAUGCAUCUCCGGUGAUGGCGACGGCGACGGCUGGUCCCGCGCCCACGUUCUUACACCCCAAGAUGCAGCGGCUCAUCUCCUCUCCUCUCCGGUCUCCGCGGAGGAGCCACCCUGGUCGGGCAGCAGAGGAUCGCCGCCGGCUGGAUCCUUUCUCUUCUCGACGGCCAAGCACCACCGGUUGGAGCCCGUCUCAUCCCCCCUCUGGUCGCCGUGCAGCACGUUCGGGUCCAACCUCCCUCCCCCUCGACGGCGCCCGAAACCCUAGCUACCCCCUCUCUUCCACCCAUGACCAUGGCGAGCCCGCACAAGGCACUUUCUUCCCAUCUCAUCUCCCCGCGUGAAGGAAGGGGCCAUGGGGAGAUAAGUUUCUGCAGGUACCUAUUCAAGAGGAGGGCCAUGGAGAAGCCCCGACGCCAUGGAAGAAAUCUCACUUCCUCGAUUCAGUCCAGGGAGACGACGCUGCUGCUGUUCGAGAAAGUUGGACCAUGCUACCUGCGAGACAGCAGCAGCCAGCAGCCAAGACGCCAGUCCAGGAGGAAGGGACCACCCGUGUUCGGCCCGAGACUGACGUGGAGAACUGUUGAGCUAAGGUUCGAACCUUUACUUUCCAUGCCAGUUUUUCCCUCAUUACUUGGUUUCAGGACGGCCAGUGCUGUGUGAUGUUGUUGAUCUACUCCUAUCUUUUUUCAAAAAUUGUAUCCUUAAAAUAAAAGGCAGCCGAAUCACUGUUGCCCAGCCGUGGUGCGUGAUGUUGUUGAUUUUGCCGAUCCACUUCUUCGUGUGCAUAUGUCGAUGCAGACAGACGCGAUUCGCUACUGGAUAGUGCAGCCAGAGCGCGGGAAAGGAGAUCUCCCCUGGCCAUGUAUGAUGCUUCCCCCUAUUCCUGGUCUAAAUGUCAUGGAUUGCCAACGGUAAGGUUCAGAAACACGUCCGUGCGCUAUUGAUACGCACACAGUCCCUAAUUCGGGCACGUAUGGCCACUAGUGUCGUCUGUAUGUGCUGUUCAGACGCUGACGCGUGAGUUCGCGUGCCCUGGUUUCACAGCAGCCCUGCCUCCCUCCCCAGCCAGCCACCUUCUCCUCAUCUCAUAUCCCUCCGUCAGCGGUCAUGACGACAUGCAGGCGACCCAUGCUGCUCCUGGAGCCGCGCUACUCCUCCCUGGCCCCCGGAGUUAGAUCCGCCAAGGCGGCCGACGGGCACCAGCAUCGCGCCCUUCUCACCGUGGUAGGCCCAACUCCUCCACACGAUGGCCUCCUCCAUCAAGGUUGCCGAGCUCCCUCUCCUCUUCAGCGGCCUCGAGGUUGACAUUACUAAAGAAUUGUGUGAUUGGUACUGUGUACGUAUGAUGGUAAUUUGAAAGUUUGAAUGUGUUUUCUGUGUGAACAGAUGA